AUGCGAUUGUCUUCUUCAAUUUCGCUCUUUUUCGUUCUUAUCAUUGUGUUUGCAAGUUUCGGUAAGUUCUGUAAUUUUUGGGUGGCUUUUUCCCGAGCGGGAGAGUUUUUGCUCGAUUAGAGAGCGUGUAGAAUUGAGGGACGCAGAGGAAUCAAAGAGCUAGUCAUGCAGAGAAAUCAGAGAGCUAGAGACGCAGAGAAAUCAGAGAAUUAGAGAUGCAGAGAAAAAAGUUGGAAUAUGAGUAUGGCUUAGUAAUAGUUUAAUAUGAGCGAUCCUUAAAGGUGGUUAAACCUGAGCAAUCCUUUAGUUUAUAUUGGUUGGAAUAUUCUUUGAAGUUUAACAUGAGCAAUCCCUUUAAAAUGGUUUUACAUGAGUAAUCCCAUUUUUAUUCAUUGAAUCGAUGUUUAUUUUAAUCUGAGCAAUCUUUUUGAAAUGGUUUAAUAUGAGCAAUCCUUUAAAAAUGGGUUUAACAUGAGCAAUCCCUCAAUUCACAUUGUUCGGAAUAUUCUGUUAAGUUUAACCUGAUCAAUCCUAUUUAAAAGUGGUUUAACAUGAGCAAUCCCUGUUUUUUCAUUUAUUGAAAUAUUUUUUAGAUAAAGUUAAACCUGAGCAAUCCCUUAAUUUUUGCUGUGAAAUUUUAUUUCACAAAUUUAGAAAUAGUCUCUUGGGAACAUGUAUUGCUCAGAUUAAACUAGUUUGGAAAUGAUAUAACAUGAGCAAUCCAAUUGUUCUCAUUUUCUCAUACAAGAUGACGUUGAGUUUAACAUGAGCAAUCCUAUUUUUUCCAGAUGAGGUAACUUCGCAACGUGGCGGAGGCCGUGGCGGCGGCGGCGGAGGAGGAAGUCGAGGUGGAGGCGGAGGCGGUGGGGGCCGAGGCGGAGGAGGUCGAGGCGGUGGCGGUGGACGUGGAGGCGGCGGGGGAAGAGGAGGCGGACGCGGGGGAGGCGGACGGGGAGGAGGCCGUGGAGGCGGACGUGGAGGAGGUGGCCGUGGAGGGGGAGGCUUCGGCGGCGGUGGCUCGAGCUCAUUCAGCAGUUUUGGCGGCGGUGGUGGAGGCGGAGGCGGAGGACUUCUCUCACUUCUCGGAGGCCUGGGAGGCCUCGGAGGCAUGGGUGGCAUGGGAGGCCUCGGGGGCCUCGGAGGCCUCGGAGGCCUUGGAGGCCUCGGCGGCCUUGGAGCCCUUCUCGGCCUGGGAGGCAACAACAACCAGAUGUAUUCAAAUCAAGGAGGCUACGGUGGAGGUGGAUACAGUAGCUAUUGCACCACAGCUCAAUUCAUCGACUACGUUGGCAGUACGCCACGAUAUUAUUGUCAUUGUCCGCCAAGUGCACCAAAUUAUCAAUAUUAUACUUGCUCGCCGGGAAGAUAA